AAACUUUCAUGCAUGCACUGUACUGCACUGUGCCUUUCUGCAUUUCCAUGUUCCCUCCCUUCAUACUCGCAAAUUAGUCAACACAGCAUCUCAUCUCGUUCAAUGGGGGUAGUUCGAGUUCCAUUCCUGCCACUAACGGCGCUGUUAGUGUUACUCCUCACCGUCACCUCCACCGUCCACUCAUGCCCGCCGUCCGAUCUGGCUGCCCUUCAUGCCUUCAGGUCAUCCCUCCGUGAGCCUCAUAACGGCGUGCUCAACUCUUGGACUGGCACCGACUGCUGCGCCAACUGGUUCGGCAUCGCCUGCGACAAGAACACCCGCCAUGUCUCUGAAAUCAACCUCCGCGCCGGCUCCGUCGACACCACCUUCGAGCAAGCCCACGAGCCCGCCUACAUGGCCGGCCACAUCUCCCCGGAGAUCUGCAAGCUCACUCAGCUCUCUAGCCUCACCAUCACCGACUGGCAGGGAAUCUCCGGCGAGAUCCCCGGAUGUGUCUCCUCCCUCACCUUCCUCCGCAUCAUCGAUCUCACCGGAAACCGCAUCUCCGGCGCGCUCCCCGCCAACAUUGGCAAACUCCGGCAGCUCACCCGGCUGAGCAUCGCCGACAACCUUAUUGCUGGAAAUAUCCCGCCGUCGCUAACCUACGCCACCAGGCUCACGCAUAUCGACCUCCGCAACAAUAAGAUCUCCGGGCCCAUUCCGCAAAGCCUGGGGCGGCUUCGGAUGUUGAGCCACGUUGGGCUCAGCGGGAACCAGUUAACCGGGCCCAUCCCAAGCUCAAUUUCAGAGAUUCCCCGUCUCGCGGAUUUAGAUCUGUCUCAAAACCAGCUAUCCGGUCCAAUUCCAGAGCCGUUGGGCCGGAUGGCAGUUUUAUCGACACUAAAAUUCGAUAUGAACAAGCUCUCGGGUACGAUCCCUGCAAGCUUGUUGGUCUCGGAGAUUAGUGACUUGAACUUGAGCCAUAACAUGUUGGAGGGUGAGAUACCCAACGCUUUUGGGGCCAAGACUUAUUUCACGUCAAUGGAUUUUUCCUACAAUAAUCUCAAGGGUCCUAUACCCAAAUCCAUAUCUUCUUCUUCCUACAUUGGGUACUUGGACUUUAGCCACAACCAUCUCUGCGGCCCAAUUCCCAGUGGAGAUUACUUGGAUCAUGUUGAUGCGUCGUCAUUUGCUUCCAACGAUUGCCUCUGUGAAAAGCCACUCAAAGUUUGUUAAAUUAGUGCCACGUCAGCAAAUGACUAAACCCCACCCAGUUUUUUCUUAAUCCUCAAUGUGUUUUUGUUGUUAUGUUAAUUUUUUAUAUUUGUCCUCUUUUUGUUUUCUGUAUUUCAUUUUUUUAUAAAUAAAAUAGAAGGUUCCUACCA